UCUUUCUGGUGGAUCAUUGUGAGUGCUACAAUCAACACAGGGAUAUGUAACAAAAUAGUUGAUAUUUUGCGCUCAUGUUUUCGUGUCUUCCAAAGCAAUUACACGUUUUGCUUUUUUUUCUAUGUACUCUUCCUAUCGGCAAUACCCUCCCUGGUAAAUUAGCCGUUAUUAUCAGGCGCUGGGUCUAUUAUCUUUUCUUCGCACUCCAUGCCGGGUUGAGAGAAAUGUAAUCGCACGGUCACCAGAGCCUACACAGCCAAGUCCACUCGUUUAACAAAUGAAAAAGAAAGAGCUCUUGCGAGCUACGCCCCUUCAUACGAUCUGUGCCUCUCGAGUCGACAAACUGCCAAACGCCUUCAGUGAGGUCGACAAAGCAAACACCACACAGCCACAAGUUCCCUCCACUCGCACAGUCGUGACUCUACAGCUUUCUAAACCUCGGUUAAGGAAAGCGAAACAUGGGUGAUUUCAUCAACUUCAGUGUUCUGAAUAGCAACUUAAGUGUCAACUUCAGCGACAUCAGAAAAAGUAACUUCGAUGUCAACACCGUCCUCACCGUGCAGGCCACGUUCGGACUUCUGGAUACCUUGAUUGGUUCCCUGGCAAACGCUUUUCUGCUCCUGGUCAUCCUGACUUCCGGCAAGCUGCGCAACGACAUGCGUAAUGUGCUGAUUGCAAACCUUGGCCAUCGCCGACUUUUUGGUGGACGUCCUAUGCCAGCCAUUUGCUGUCGACAUCUCCUUUCGGCCAAACUGGGCCCACGGCUGUUACUUCUUCCUGUUCCUCCAGUUCUUGAACGCCGUAGCUUUCAGCUUCAUGUCUCUCUGGGGCAUUAUCGGCAUCGACGCUUUGCUCCUCGUGCGCAUUGCGCGCAGUUCGCCGCUGACGGCGGUUGUGACGUCGGUUGUGACCUCGACCGUGUGGACGAGGAGGCUACAGCUCGCGCUUGAAGGUCCUGGUGGUGGCUUUUGCCAUGGUUGUUGUCCAUUGUAGCCGUGGUGCCAAUCUUCGUUGUAGGUUUACGUGUGUCCUUGAAAGAUAUGAAACCAGAUGAAAUCUGCUUCAUCCAUCUUUCUGAAUGGGCCGAAAGGUUCGUCAACGUGUUAUUCUUCAUUCUGCCUAUCAGCAUUCUCGUUGUCAUUUUCGUCACCAUCGCUAUCAUCUGCCUCAUUCGUCGCCGCAGAAGGAUGGGACUGUUAUCAUUCGCUCCCCCGACGCUGUCAAUGCCAUCAGACCUCGACACUUCCACGUCAUCACCAACAACAGCAAGGGCAAGACGAAGCCAGCACAUGGAGUCGGACCAGGAGCCGCUGAGCCCAUACAUCGUGGCCUCUUUCGUUACUAUAGUAAUGAUGGGCGCCAAACAUGCUUUCAUCAUGGGGCAAAACAGCAUUGACGUGAGCAUCGACGUCUUUGUCAUCUUGGUCAUGACCAUUCUCGUUCUGGGUCGACAUGAAGUCCACGGUGUUACCUUUUCUGUGGCUGUUUAUGUUUUCCGACAUAAAAGAGCAAGCGAGGCAUUUGAUAAAGUCGUGUCGAAAUAAAGUAAUGAGAGUCGAACCGGAACCCCCGAUUGAAGUGUCGGUAGCCUACACAAAUCUUUCGGAUGAUUAAGUUUCCUCUUUUAUCUUACAUCACUUGGACCUAGUGGAGUUAAAAGUAUAGACAGGUGGCUGUUUACGAGGCUGAUGUACCACCUGACAAUAGUGUUGCUCUCUGAACGAGGCUACAAUUAUGAACUGGAAGUAAAGAUUAUUAUCUGACUGCAGCCGGGUGCAGGAGAAGGAGAUCAGCAGAAAACCUGAAUUCUAAGUCUGGACUUUGUUCCAUAGCUACCGCUCUAGUGUGCACAUGUGGUUAAGCAUCUUUUCUCCAAACUUUAAGUCUGGUAAUCAUCAUCAUCAUCAUCAUCAUCAUCAUCAUCAUCAUCAUCAUCAUCAUCAUCAUCAUCAUCAGCAGCAGCAGCAGCAGCAGCAGCAGCAGCAGCAGCAGCAGCAUAUGCGGUGUCAUGACCCAAAGAGAUACGUAUGAUUCUUGGCGGCUAAUUUUUGAGUUGAUAAUUUGGUAUGUCCCGAAAACUAUAUUAUUAUUUUCCAAAAACCCCUUGGCAGUAAAACGGUUUCCCAUCAUAUCUUAAAGCAUUAGCAUAGCUGUAAAUGAUAUUUAUAUGCAGACUAUUCUCAUUCAACGUGUGUAUUCACACUUUUGUACGCAUACAACACAUGUGUGUCUUUAUCAAAAGAAUAAUAAAGACUUCACAGUGUAUAAAAUUACACAUAAAGGGAUGUAGUUUUUAUUUUCAACUACGAAUAGUAACAAUGUAUCAUGUUAUAAGGCAACAAUACUAGCCCCGCUGUAUUUUUAGUGGACUUCUCUCAUAGCCGUCUCCACAGCCAGCGCGUUAUCCAUUUGUCUUGG